CUAUCGUCGCAAUGCUGCCGAGCCCCGUUCUAAGGAAGCUCUCAAUUUCAGAGCUUAUCGGGUUCGUGGCCCUGACCACAUUUUUCAUUAUCGCAAUCUUGAUCAUCCUCACCACGUGGAUGAGGAAACGGAAGUUAUCAAAAGCGAAUGAAGAUGAAGCCACGUCGAGGGGAGCGAUCUCCAAGAGUCGGGACGCGAGCCCACCGCUCGCCCUUGGAAGACCCCGCAGUCAUAGUUGGAGAACACCUCCACAGUCACGCAAGGAAUAUCUGGCGGGACCAUCGACCCUGGGGGAUGCUUGUCGGAAGGGAGCGCCGCUCUUCGAUCCGGUGCAGAUGGAGAACAUCCUCAAGAAUUACACCAAGUCACUUCCGUCCUACCGGAGCCGACUCGAAUCCAUCGAAGACGAAGGCUCGAGAUCUGAAGAUGACGAAGCUCCAGGACGAUAUGAGGGCCCAGGAAAGAUCAGCCUGCGUAUGGCCUACAACGGUGAAGUCCUACUCGUCCAUGUGCUCAACUGCAAAGGAUUGCCAGCCCACUGUCUGUGGACUUCGCGCGGACCCCAAUACUUCCGGAGGAAUCCCUACGUCAAUGUCUCGCUCGUCCCCGAGAGCAAUUCCGAUUCAGAGAGUUUCGAGACGAAGGCCCGUCACAGGACCCUCAAUCCCAAAUUCGAUGAGGCGUUUGAGUUCGCCCUCGCUCCACAGGACCUGCACGAGAAAGCGCUUAAGAUCGUGGUCUUCGACAGAGAAGAAGGCCGGAGUCCUAAGAUGGUCGGAAUGGUAAUGCAACCGUUGGACGUGGUCAGCCCCGAACGUGAGGAGAACCUUGUUCUGGAUUUGUCCCGUUCCGAACGACCUGGGAAAGAGGAGCCGGAGUCGAUGCAGCGAAGGGGUUCCAGUCCAGGAGACAUUUUCGUGGGACUCACCUGCAACCCCUUGACCAACAGGAUCCGAAUAAAUGUUCUCAAGAUGAAAGGCUUCAGAACACCUCGGGACAUCCGCCUCUCCGGAGCCUACGUUCGCGUCCAAUUAUAUCACGGGCAUCAUCUGCUGAAGACGAAAACGACAUCCGCGCAGCGGAUUCCGAGAGACGCGAACGACGAAGUUUCGAUCUUCGAGUCCUUCAACUUCGGGAUACCGGGAAAAUUCUUCGAUUCCUGCUCGUUGAGCCUGACCAUCGUGGCAGCUAUAAUACCGAAGGAUAAUGCCCCAGCGCGAGAUUUGAUUCUCGGUAAUAUCAUUCUAGGUGCGUCAUAG